AUGCUGGAAGGGAAGGCGACGGUGGAGGACACCGACAUGCCGACCAAGAUGCAGCUGCAGGCCACGUCGGCAGCGUCCAGGGCGCUCGACCGCUUCGACGUCCUCGACUGCCGGAGCAUCACGACGCACAUCAAGAAGGAGUUCGACACGAUCCAUGGCCCGGGGUGGCAGUGCGUGGUGGGCUGCAACUUCGGCUGCUACUUCACGCACAGCAAGGGGAGCUUCAUAUACUUCAAGUUCGAGUUGCUCAGGUUCCUCGUCUUCAAAGGCAUGGCGGAUGAGCAACCGCUGCCGUGCUGA